AUGUCGACUUUUACCAAAAUCCUCACCCUCCUGGCUUUAUUUUCCGUCGCGUCGGCUAGGACUCAGAAAAUCAUAAGUAAGUCCAUUUUUUAAAAGUCAAACUAGAAAAAAAAAAUUAAGUUCAGUUGGACGAUGAGGUCGCCAUCAAGAGCAAGAAGUACAAUGAAGCUGAGACUCUGGGUUUUUUAUUUUCGAAGAGAGCCAUUCCAAAUGUGACCUUUUUUACAGCGGGAAUAGAAAGGGACAUAAAAAUGCUGAAAGAAGCCGGCGUGAGCCAGGAAUCGCUCGACGCCCUGGAAAAGCUACUCCUGGAGAUCAAUGUGAUUUUUUUUUUUGGAUCCUUGUGACGCGAUUCUAGGGAUCACUUAGGGUGCCGACACCACUAUAGUGGUCACUAGAGGGACUCGGAAGGUUCCGGGUCGCGUUACUACUAGAGUGGCCACUAGAGUUGCUCAGAAGGGUCCAGGUCGCGGUACCGCUAUAGUGGUCGCUAGAGGGGCUCAGAAGCGUCCGGGUCGCGUUACCACUAUAGUGGUCACUAGAGGGACUCGGAAACGUCAGGUUCGCGUUACCACUAUAGUGGUCACUAGAGGGGCUCGGAAGCGUCCGCUCUAGUGGUCCCUAGAUGGGCUCGCAAGCGUCCGCUAUAGUGGUCCUUAAAAAGGCUUAGAAGCUUAGGGUACGCGUUACCACUAUAGUGGUCACUAGAAGGGUUCGCAUUACCCCUAUAGUGGUCCCUAGAGGGGCUCAGAAGCGUCCGGUUCGCGUUACUUUUUCGUCUCGGGCCUUGUUGACGCGAUUCCAGGGAUUACUUAAGUGUUCUGACCCCGCUAUAAUGGUCCCUAAAGGAGCUUGGAAGCGUCCGCUAUAGUGGUCACUAGAAGGGCUCGGAAGAACCGAUUCGCAUUACCUCUAUAGUGGUCCCUAGAGAAACUCGGAAGCGUCCGCUAUAGUGGUCACUAGAAGCGUCCGAGACUCCAAAUUUCCAGAUAAUCCGCAGAAGAUAUGCCGCCUUGAGUGACGUCGAAUUUUCCGAGAAGUACGGGAAAAAAAUUCUCGAUAAGUACAAUGAAUUCGUGUCUGGUCUUCCACCCAAUGAUGCGGUAUUCGCAGAUUUUUUUGAGGUACAAAUUCAUCGAUUUUCAGAAACUGGUCAUGCUCCUCUUAUUGGGCAAACUUCAAGGUAGCGGUCCGAAAUCGAGUCGUCUACACUUUUGAAAGUUAACUUUUGAGAAAAGCCCGAAUAAUUCAAUAAACAUGUUCUGAUGAGAAAAACUUGAGCAUUGUUUGAAAAAGCUGCAGCGCGACCGCGACGCGUUGAAGUCCAUUCCCGGCAAGCUUGGGGCGUGGUAUGUCUGCGCCCUCCGCCAAUAAGACACUAUCUCUUUUUUAAAUCGUGUCAGAACCCUUUUUCGGUGGCUCGAACCAACAGUGAUCAGCUAUAUGAAUAGUCUUUUUAAAACACAUUAGAAAGAAAGCAACCGUAAUCGCGGCACUUUAUUGGUUUUUCGCUUCGAGAUGCUUCAAAAAUUGCAAAAUCCCAGACAACUUUAGGAACGUCACAGUGGCCCCUAUAGGGACCAGAGGGAAAAGGCCCCUAUAAGAGACCAUAUAGUGUUCCCCAGAGGGCUGAAAAUUAGAUGACCCAUGAGAAACUAAAGUUUAAGUUGUCCCUAUAGGGGUCGGUAAAUUGGUCCCUAAAGGAGAACCUUCAAGGGCUGUUUAAAUUUUCCCUAUAGGGACCACUGUGGAGCUCCUGAGAAAGAUGCAAAUUUCGUCCAGAAGGUAUCUUUAAUUUUAAAUUAUCCGGGGAAAAAAUGGAGAAUAAAAUUCACAGUCUCAAGUCUCAAUUAAAUUUCAAUUUUGUCGUUCCCAAAUUUUCGAGAUUUAUUAAAAAAAAAUUUUCGCCCACAUCGGUUUCCCAUAGACAUGUAAACCGUUCCUUCCCAAAUUUCAAUCAAAAUUCAAUUUUUCCGAUCUCAACCUUCUAUUAUGCUGUCAAGGUUAUAAAAGAACAUGUCUGUACGGAAUUUAUAGUCUUGUCAAAAAUGGACAUGAAAAUUCUCAUUUUCCUGGCCUUUUGCGCCGUCGCCUCGGCGAGGAUUCAUACCAUAACUUGUGAGUAUUUUUGAGCCGUAAAUUUAUUUUUUCCCUUAACUUUUUCAGUACACUUCGAUGAAGAGACCCACAUCGGUAGGAAGUACAAUGAAGCCGAGGCUGAUGGUUGGUUUUUUCAAGCCAUUAGAAGUAAAGCAAAAUUUUACAGCCGAAGGCGAAAAAAACUUGAAGGAACUGAAAGCUGCCGGCUUGAGUCAACCUUCGCUCGACGCCCUCAUAAAACUGGGCCGAAAAAACAGAGAAAGUCGUUUUUUAAAGGCAUAGGGGCAGUAAAAAACAGGGUUUUACAAGGAAAGUGCUAAGAGUUUGAUGAAAAUUUGUAUAUAGAUACUUUCGAACGUCUUGACUCCAAAAAAGUUGAAAAAGGGCGCUUUUUUGGUUCUAGUAGAGUUCUAAAAAACGCUCAACAUGUUCAUCUUGCUCAAAACGACACUAAAGGGGGCAUUUCAACAUAUUGAGCGUAUUUUUUUCAACCAAACGCCAAGAAAAAAAUGACAAAAAUAAAUUUCACCAAAGAGGAUUCGAACCUGCGUCAUAGGUUCCACAGCACAAUGCCGCUAGCCACUACACCACGCCGUCUGAAGGCAGCUAGAGUUAGCCGAGACGACAUAUUUUCUCCUCCCCUCCAAUUUGCAUGCUUUGAGGCGCCAUAACUCGACUAGAACCAGGAACGCGCACUUUUUUUCCACUUCUUCGGAUUCAGGGCGUUCAAAAGUACCUAUAUUCAUCGUUUCAUUUAAUUUCAAGACCUUUUGCACUUCCCGUGUUAGUUAGAAGCAGUAUCUGAUAUAGUUUUUCUUUGCGAAUCGAACGGUAUACUUAAAAAGCCACAGGUAAGACUAUUUUUGAAGAAAAACGCGAUUUUACUUUCCCGCCUCAAAUUUUGAAAUAAUGGUUUGAACCGGUGUACGUAAAGCUGUAUACAGUAGACGUGUAGUUGCGGAAAUGUCAUUAGACUUGCAUUUUUAUAGAAAAAACCGGAAAUCUGCUACUAAUCAAGUGUUUCUUUUCUGAAAAAUCAUUAGGCGAACGAAUAUUACAAAACGAUAAUCAAGGGAACGCAAAACAUCGAUUUACCAAUCGAAAAUAUGUUUAAAAUCAUCAUUUUUCACAAGAUUUUGCGAUCAAAUUUUGCAAUUUAUACAUGAAUAGAAAAAAGAGAACUUUGGUGACAGCACAAAAAAUUGGAAAUUUGAAAGAAACGGAGAAAUCCGGAAAAUGGCGAUAGAGCAACUUUACUCUUUCGGCGAAAAAUUAAGUUUUUCUCUCUCCAACUUUCAAUGAUGUUUUCUUCAAAACUAGGAAGCUCUGCACGUUUUCAAAUACACCGUUCGAUUUGCAAUGAAAAUCUUUACAAAAUAGUCUAUGCAUUUAAUUUAUAAACUAUUAUAUUCUUAAUUACAGGCGCUCCGAAAAGCGAACCUCGCCUUGAGCGAUGAGAAGUUCUACGAGAAGUUCGGCGAGCAGCUCUUGAACGAGUUCACCAGCCUCUUGAUGACGUUCCCGGAUAAGGAUUACGUUUGACACUUUCAGAGCUUCAAAAAGUGAAAAUGUCGAUUUCAGGAUAUAGCCGUCAAGUUCUACGAGAAAAAAAUUAAGGAAAACUCUCCGAAAGGGUCUCAUCUACGGUUCUGAAGCUUCACCCGUUGAAUAAAUUUUGUAAUGGCUGAAGUUCAAAACAAGUAAAUGUGCGCACGAAAUUGAGAUAUCGGCUGAAUAGAAAGAUGUCGAAAAGAAAGAAAAAGUAAUUCUUUGAUAUUUGAAAAGCUACCGCAACGUGACCGCAACAAGACUGCAACGUGACCGCAACGCGACUGCAACGCGAUCGCAAGGCGACCACGACGCGACCGUAAAGCGACCGCAACGCGACCUCAACGCGACCGCAACCCGACCGCGACGCAUCGCAAAGCGACCGUAAAGCGACCGCAACGCGACUUCAACGCGACCGCAACGCGGCCUCAAAGUGGCCGCAAAACGACCGUAGAGCGACCGCGACGCGUUAGCAACGCACCGCAACGCGACAGUAAAGUGACCGCAACGCAUCGCAAACGCACCGCAACGCGACCGUAA